AUGGAAACCCUUCGCACCGCCUUCGCAGACCGACCCCGCCCGCUCCUCUCCUAUGGCGUGCCCUUCGAAGCCGCCGCCGCCAAACACAUAAAUGACCUUUUCCACGCCUCCCGAGUCUACAUAAUCUGUUCGGGCUCCCUAUCCCGGAACACAGACGUACUCGACCGACUGAGCACCUCCAUCGGAAAAGACAAGAUAGUGGGGAUCCGCAUCGGCAUGCGGAGCCAUACAUAUUGGUCCGAGGUCCUCGAGAUCGUGGACGAAGCAAGAAACAGCGGAGCCGAUUUGAUAUUAACGAUUGGAGCGGGGAGCCUGACGGAUGGAGCGAAGGUUGUUACUUUGGCCCUAUCGAACGACGUCCACACAGCAACCGACCUCUCCAAACUCCCCGUUACACCAUCCCAACAAGCCACGAUCCACGCCCCACACAUCCCCAUCAUCAGUAUACCGACAACCCUCUCCGCAGGCGAAUACUCCAACUUCGCCGGCGCAACCAACGAUGCCACGAAGCGCAAGCAUACCUUCCAGAGCCCGAUCAAGUCCCGAACUCGUGAUUCUAGACCCGGCUCUCACGACCACGACCCCCGAUUCCAUCUGGCUCAGCACGGGGAUCAGAGCGACCGGCUUGCGUUGCAUGCGUUGGGGCUUUUGGUGCCCGGGUUGCUGGGGUGCAGGUUUGAUAAGGGGGAUGUGGAUGCGAGGUUGCAGUGUCAGCUGGGGUCGGUGGACGCUAUGGCUGCUUGUACGGCGGGAGUGCAGUUGGGGGCUAGCCAUGGCAUUGGACAUCAAUUGGGACCGUUGGGGGUUGGGCAUGGGGAGACAAGUUGUGUGCUUUUGCCGGCGGUUUGUAAGUUUAAUGCGCGGCAUGGAGCGAAUGGGGAGCGGCAGGAGAGGGUGAAGGGGUUUCUUUUGGGACAGGGGGUUGUUAGGGAGGUUUUGGAGAGGAGAGGUUUGGAUGUGACGAAGGUGGAUCUGGGGGAUGUGUUGGACGCGGUGAUUCGGGAGUUGGGGAUGCCUCGGUCGUUGAAGGAUGUUGGGGUCGGUCGGGAUCAGCUGGAUCGGCUGGCCGAGAGUAGUUUGCAGGAUCGGUGGUGUAAGACGAAUCCGGUGCCGUUGACGGAGAAGAGUCAGAUAUUAGAGAUUCUGGAGAUGGUGGUUGAGUAG